UUGUCCCUUUUUUUUAAAAAAAAAGAAAAACAGCGGGUGCGGAAAAUGUUCCCUUCAGGGAUGUACCUGGCUGCCAAGUUGUUGGCAGUCCUGCAUCUUCUUCAGUUAUUGGCUCAGGGCGGCCGGGCUCUGGUGUGUUUACCGUGCGAUGCAUCCAAAUGCGAGGAACCCAGGAACUGCCCCGGGAGUAUCGUGAUGGACUUCUGCGGCUGCUGCUCCACUUGCGCCAAGCAGAAGAACGAGAGCUGCGGCGGGGUGUACGGUCUGUACGGGACUUGCGACCGCGGCCUCCGGUGUGUGAUCAGACCCCCUUUCCACGGCGACUCCAUCACCGGCUACCAAGUCGGGCUUUGCGAAGAUGAGAGCUGGGAAGACGACCAACUCCUUGGACUUGAGCCCUGCAAUGAGAACCUAGCAACAGGCUGCAACAUAGUCAAUGGGAAGUGUGAGUGUGACACCAUUCGGACCUGUAGCAACCCAUUUGUCUUUCCCAGUCGGGAAAGCUGCCUUUCGGCGUUAAAGCGGAUUGAAGAGGAGAAGCCAGACUGCUCUAAAGCCAGGUGUGAGGUCCAGUUCUCCCCCCGUUGCCCGGAAGACUCCAUCCUGAUUGAAGGCUACGCCCCUCCCGGCGAGUGUUGCCCCCUCCCAAGCCGCUGCGUCUGCAAUCCAGCUGGUUGUUUGCGGAAAGUCUGUCAGCCUGGAUACCAGAGUAUUCUAGUUUCCAAAGCAUCAGGAAAGCCAGGGGAAUGCUGCGACCUGUAUGAAUGCAAGAAAGUCUAUAAUGUGGACUGCAGCACCGUGGAUUGCCCUGCCAUUCAGCAAGCGGUCUGCCCAUCCGACAGCUACGAGACUGCCACCCGGUUGACUGCCGACGGCUGCUGCACUCUCCCGACACGGUGCAAGUGUUUGCUGGGAAUCUGUCGAGUCCCUAAGUGUGAGGCGGGCACUGUGCCACGAAUAAUUUCCCCUGGGGAUGGUGUCCCUGGAAAAUGCUGCGAUCUAUUCGAGUGCAUCAACGAGACAAAGCCCACCUGCAUAUUCAACGGAGUGGAAUAUUACGAUGGGAAUAUGUUCCGGAUGGAUGCGUGCCGCUUCUGCAGGUGUCAAGGGGGCGUCUCUAUUUGCUUCUCUGCGCAGUGCGGUGAGCUGCACUGUGAGAGGUACUACGUGCCUGAAGGGGAGUGCUGCCCGGUUUGUGAAGAUCCGAUAUACCCCAUCCACAACCCUGCUGGGUGUUAUGCCAAUGGGCAGAUCCGCGCACACGGUGAUAGGUGGCGUGAGGACGACUGCACCUUCUGCCAGUGUAUUAAUGGCGAGCCGCACUGUAUGGCCACAGCCUGUGGCCAGAGCUGCCUGAACCCAGUGAAGAUUCCUGGAGAGUGCUGCCCUGUGUGUGAAGAGCCAACAUACAUCACCAUUGGACCUCCGAUAUGCGAGCUGCUAAUCAACUGCACCCUGACAGAGAGAGACUGUAUCUAUGGCUUCAAACUGGACCACAGUGGAUGCCGCACAUGUCAAUGCAAAACCAGAGAAGAGCUAUGUACAGGCCUCAUAUCAGGCUGUGGUUUGGACUGCCCCUUCGGCUUACAGACUGAUGUACACGGCUGUGAGAUCUGCCAGUGCCGCACACGACCAAAGAAAUGCAAACCGGUGGUUUGCGACAAGUACUGUCCCUUUGGAUACAUGAAGAACAAACAUAGCUGUGAUAUCUGUCGCUGCAAGAAGUGCCCAGAGCGUCCAUGUGACAAGUAUUGUCCAAUGGGAUUCGAACAAGACAUUUAUGGCUGUCUUAUCUGCAAGUGCAAGGAUGUGCCCACAACCAUCAUGCCACCGGUCAAAACUGGCUCGUGCUUGUCCAUGGAUGGGCGACGACAUGAGAGUGGCGAGAGUUGGCACGACGGUUGCCGUGAGUGUUAUUGCUACAGUGGGCGAGAGAUGUGCGCCCUCAUCACCUGCUCCGUGCCCAACUGUGGAAAUCCUACCAUCCGCCCUGGACAAUGCUGUCCAUCAUGCCCAGAGGACUCUGGCCUUUGGAAGCCCGAGCUAAGUGAUACAUCAAUCUGCCACGCUCCUGGCGGUGAAUAUUUUGUGGAAGGAGAGACCUGGAACAUCGAUUCCUGCACCCAAUGCACAUGCCACAGCGGCCGUGUGCUCUGUGACACCGAGGUCUGCCCGCCCAUCCUCUGCCAGAAUCCCAUCAGGACUCCAGACUCAUGCUGCCCGCAGUGCCCAGACGAACCCCUUCAGCCUCUGUCACCAAGCAACCGAACUAUGCCUGGUUACUGCAAGAACGAGGAGGGUGAUAUCUUCUUGGCAGCUGAAUCCUGGAAGCCAAACGUGUGCACCAGCUGCAUUUGCAUGGAGGGCGUCAUCAGCUGCUACUCAGAGUCGUGUCCAGCUGUGACCUGUGCCCGGCCUGUCCUGCGGAAAGGGCAGUGCUGCCCUUACUGCAUUGAGGAGAGCAUCCCAAGUAAGGUGGUGUGUCACUUCAAUGAAAAGACUUACGCAGACGAGGAGAGAUGGGACAUCGACAGCUGCACCCACUGUUACUGCCUACAAGGACAGACCCUCUGUUCAACAGUCAGCUGCCCUCCGCUCCCCUGCCUGGAGCCUGUCUACGUGGAUGGAAGCUGCUGCCCUGUCUGCCCAGACCUGUACAUGCCGGAGCCCACCAACAUCCCCAUCGAAAAGUUUGACCCGAGGGGAGAGAUUGAAGUGGAAGCCCCUUUCUGGCCAACGCCCAGUGGAAAUGAAAUUCCCGCACACCUUCGGAAUGACGAGAACCUCCGUGUUAACGCGAUAGGUGGAGACUACCCCCGGUACAAUGAAGACUCCGCUAUGCAUUCUGUGGCGUGGGUAGCACUGCCCAUUAUGAUUGCUCUCAUUCUAGUCAUAGCGCUGCUGCUGGUCAACCAGAAGAAGCAGUGGAUCCCAGUGCCCUGUUACAGAACUCCUACAAAGCCCUCGUGUCUGAACAACCAGCUGGUGUAUGUGGACUGUAAGAAAGGAACCAUGGUUCAGGUGGACAGCUCCCAGAGGAUGCUGAGAAUGGCGGAUCCAGACUCCAGACACAGCGGUUUCUACAGCAUGCCAAACACAAAGCAAAACAACUUACAAGGGGACAGCUUCUAUCAGACGCACUGGAUCAUGUAAAGAUACUACCAGAGAUGAGGACAACCACAGCAGGCUUUCCCCUGAAAACCACCAGCCUCUCUGGUGGGUUCCUAAGAUUUUCGGAAGGUGGAAAAUAGAAGAAACUUUGUUGGACAAAGUUCCUGCUCAAUACUGAAAGAGAGAGAAAAAAAAAAAGACUGGGUUUUGUACUUACUGGUAUGCAGAUUAGAGACUGCUUCCGUGGUAGGAAGCUUCGUAAUUAUAUAUAUUACUCAAGCACCUUUUUUGAAGCUCAGAAAAAGGAGAUUAUGCUUUGUGAAACAUUAGCAUUAUAGGAAUAUUUAUGUUAAUAUAUAUUAUGCUAAAACAAAAGUAUUUGUACAUAUAUAUAAUUUUCUAUGUUUUCCUGUUUAAUGUAUUUAUAUCCUAGAGAGAUUUUAUCCAGUUUAAAAAAAAAAUUAGCUUAACAGGCAUUCCAUUUUAGUGCUUGAUGGCUCACAGGACUCGCGAAAGGAAAGAGCAUCUCAUUUUACCUAAGAUUUUGUGCCUUUUUGCUGACGGCUUCAGCAUUGCUCUCGCUACUUCUGAUUUCAGCCUACAAAGGGCUUUAAAGAUCGCAAAAUGGGUCUCACAGUUAUCCAUAAUACAGUACCAAUGCUCGUCAAUCUUGAAUUUUUUCUUUCCUUAAAAGUCAGUCUUUCUUUUGUCCAGCUAGUAUGUCGUUGAUUAACUUGUACAGCUUAUCGUGUGAGUCUGUUGUUUGAUUCCUGUUGCAAUUUAACCAUGAGGAUAUUAUGCACUGGGCAGCAUUUCUUUUUUUUGGUUCCUGUUAUAAACUGCGUGCUUUGUAUUUGUUUGUCUUUUUCUUCCCUCCCGUGGAAGGUUUGACAGGCAGCUUUCCUCUUCCAGAUCCCAUUGGAAUGCACCAGGCUGUCUUUAUCAAAAAAAAGUCUUCCCCCAAGGCUGGGUGAAUAAAUGCACAGCCUGAUGUGGAGCUCCGCUCACAGGACAGGGAGGUCCCAGUCUCAAUUCCUUGCCAUGCUUGAAGUAGCCCCCUCUCUGACAGGGCAGGGGCAAGGAAGCCACAAUCGGCCGCAAGGUCCACGGGUUCAGGAGGGAAUGAUUCAAGCCAGCACUCCUGCCUCUGGUCGCUUUCCCUGAUGGAAAUUGGAUGUGUGCAGAAGUUGGGGCAAAGGCAGGAGCAGGCUCUGCUGUGUUGUUGCCCUUCUGAGGUCACAUAGUUGGCUGGCACUCAUUAUCUGUGCACACAUGAAGAAUGCCCUCUUCAGCAAGGCAAACAUCAUCCAUAGAACAAUGGCCUAGCAAGAAAGGAAAGGAGGGGAUGAAAGAAAAUUGCAAUAAAACUGAUCGGAUUGCCCAAGGUUACGAGUUCUGCACUGAAUGACUCCACAUCCUCAGUGAUUUCAACCUCCAUCUUAACUCACUUUGCUUUCUCCUCUGAGUACACUGCCCUUCCUAAAUCUCUAGCUCCGCAUUAGCAAUCCUACUCAUAUUCAUUGCUUUCACCGACCAUCUUGCAUGGAUGCUCUGUUUCUAUCAUCUCAGUCACAGACAAUGCCAUCCCUGAUCUCUCACCACUCACAUUCCCUUUCCCAACCCCAUUUCAUUUUGCAUCUGGUAAAAUCUUAACUCCCAACACCCGAUUGUCGAGCCUUUGGGCCUCUGUUUGUAGCUGUUAAUUUGCUAAAUCAUUCGCUCACCUCUGCUUCUGAUCUGUUCUUCCCCAGUAAAACCCACCCACUGUUCCAACCUGCCCUAAUCCCUGGUAUGGCCUCUAUCAUCGUUUCCCCCAUGUCCAAGAAGUUCAUACUUAGACAUAUUUGACACUCAAGUGGUUUAACCAUUAAUCACUAGAUCUGAUUGAACCACAUAAAGUACAGUCGGGCCCUAUUCUUUGCUUCCAAAACUGAUCAGAACUCCAGGAUUGCCCUAAAGUCCAAUGGGAACUUAUGAUUACUUUCUCCACUAUUUAUCUGUCUCCUUAAAUCACUCCAUCUUCAACUCCAACAAGUGUGAGGAACUCAUGGGACUUUGUCAAUAAAAUUGAGUCCAUUUGUUUAGUUGUGUCGAGUGCCAUGCUCCUCCUUCCCCUGCCCACCAAGCCGAGGAUUCUCCCAACCCCCCCUGCCCUUGCCCUGAACUGGUAUCAUCUAGUUUCUCUCCUAGGUCUCUUCAUGCCCUCUCUGAGCUCAUCUUGACUACACGAUCCACUCCCUGCUCUCUCAAUCCAAUUCCCAUUAAACAGCUGAUCACCCAACUUCCCUUCCUGACUAUCACAUUAGCUAAGAUUGUAAACAGUUUCCUCUCCUCAGGAAUUCCCACCCACCCUCGUUGCACCAGCACCCCUUUCCUCAAAAGCACACCCCUGACCCUUCUGUCCUUGCAAACUACCACCCCAUCUCCAACCCCCCCCCCCCGCCUUUCGUCCCCAAAGUCCCUGAAUGUGUUGUCACCUUCUCCCAGUUCCAUGUUUUUACCCCUCCCAUCAGACUUGGCGUCUUUCCAACUCUGAUCUUUUACACAUCCCCCCUGUCCCUUUGCCCUAAAAUUGGCGGCUGUGCCUUCAGCCAUGUUGGCCCUAAGGUCCGGAAUUCCCUCCCUAAGCCACCACAAUUCAUUCUCUCUCUCUCUCUCUACUAACACAAUCCUUAAAACCUACCUCUUUGACCAAGCUUUUAGUCAGCCAUCUUAAUACCCCCUCCUUUGACUCGGUGUCAGUUUUUGUUUGAUUACGCUCAUGUGAAGCGCCUUCGGUGGGGGCCAUUUUAACCAAGAAAAAGGCGCUACGCAAAUACAAGUUGUUGUCGACUGGGGGAACAGAUGAUUUUUUUUUAAUCUCCAGUGCAGGAUGUAUUAUGGGUAAUUGUGAAGAGCUCCAGAUGACAUUGAAGGCAUCACAAACACACAUUGAGGGAGAGAGACAAAAUAAAUGACAUGCUUCCUGUUACCGAAGAGUUACUAACAAAAGAACUACUGGAAUGUUGGCAUUGAUAAGCUGGACUUUUUUUUUUGUAGUAUGCCUAUUAGUGGUAAUAACUUACUAAAUUUAUUAAAAAAAAGACAGGUCUUGGCACUUUUUCUACUAAUUACCCCUUUUUGUGUAAUACCUUUUUAAAGUGCUUUCACAAGAGAAUCCAUUACCCAGUUUGCUUUAAUGUGAAAACAUUUGUACUUUUGUUUCGUAGUGAAGUUCUCAAGUAUUGUUGUAGAUACUCGGGAGCAGAGCUUGCUGAACUUGAAGCUGAAAAAAAAAUCUAAUUUAUUGUUUGACCUAAUUUAUUAAUCUGAAGAUUAAUCAAAAGUUAGAACAUUGCAAGAUGUACGGUUUUUUUUUGCGCUAUUUGUACGGGAGGAAAAGAAAGGUGAUCUGGUUUAAUUAAGGGUCGAGAUUUUUUUCCUGUCUACGUGACUUUCUCAUUUUUCCCACCAAACGAUGAUUAUCUCCUAAACCUAGUCUUCCCUGCUGUCUCCACCACCGCCUCCCCCUCCUCCCACUCCACCCCUAACCCUCCCCACUUGCGUACAGGAAUGGAAUUCAUCCUGUAUGGUCAAGACCAAUUGUCAAUUCCUUUCCCAACCAAAGGAGUUAUGUUGAGAAAUGUUUUUAACAGGUAGUAUUCACCGCUUGUUCUUCUUUUUUUGUGAUUGUGGUUGAAUUCUGGAGAAGACAAAAAAAAACUAACAGGAUGCAGGACAUAUGGGGUAAGAUGUUUUUUUUUUUAAAUAUUAGAGGGGGAAAAAGAUUGCUGUCCACUACGUACUGUAUCCAUUACACUCUUGUACUUUGGUUACUGUUGUGCUAAUGUAAAAUAAUGCAAAAUAUUUCUAAAAUAGAUGCGUAUGUGGCACUUGGAGUGCACUGCAGUUCCGCAGUUUGCUUGUUUACUUUUUUUUUUAAAUGUAAGGCAUUUUCUUGUAAAUUUGCUCUUGGCAGCACAAUAAACACCGUUAAACCCA